AUGUCGAUCGGGAGAAGAAUUGCAUCAUUACAAGAGGCAAUUGAAGAAUUAAAAAGAGGACAAGAAGAUAUUAAGAAGGACAUCAAUGAAAAGUACAAGGAGAUUCUUGAUAUAUUGGGCCACAUAAAAGAAGCUAUCAGUGAUAAACUGAAGGUGAAGUACAAUAACAAAAAUGAUAUAUGCAUGCAUGCUGAAAUUGACACUGCUAAGGACGAGGAGGCUCAAGAUGAUCAAGAGAAUGACCAACAAGUACAAUUGUAUGAUGAUCCUGAAGAUGAAGAGGAAGAUCAAGAAGAAAAAUAUAAAGAAGAUAUGGCGAAAAAGAAGGUGAUUGAAAAGACUCUUAAAAAUAGUCCAAAUAAAUAUCGACCAAAGGUUGUCAACGAAAAUAUAGAGGACAACAAGAGACCAAAAAGACAAGCAAAACCAACCAAUAAAAUUUUGGAGAAUGCAAAGAAACAAAAAAAAGACAAAAAAAAGGUCUCUCCAAAUGUGUCUACCAAGGUAUCUCCAAGCAAAGCUAUAAGGCAGUCUCCAAGGUGGAAUGACGGCGCUCCAAGCUUUGAUCUCAAAAUAUCAUAA